CGAAAUAGUACAAGUCCAAGGCCCAUUGCAACAAGUACGUCCCUUCGACAAAUUCAAAGUAUAACUUUGGAAAGAACACUGUCACUCUUAAUAUAAAUGCGAUGCAAAAUUGCUUAGCCGGUUCCUGACGUUAGAUACAUGAGACUGAAGAAAUACGGCGAUUGUUAUUACAUUUGCCCUUUCUCAGAGUCAAUGUCCCGGAGAAAUAGAUAAUGUGGACAAACGUAAGCAUGGAUAAGUAAUGUUUUUAUCAUUCGUGACGCAGGUAGGAUGCGCUUCACACUCACCAGAGUGUUGUCUUCGCUGUGCCUGUGUACUGUUACUAUGCUGACCUGGGUGGUGCUGAAGCAAAUGCAUACAAAGGCCUUCACACAAACGUGCCAUCACCCAACCAAUUUCCAAGAUGAUCUUCAUAAUUUAGCUGACAGAACACACAGAGUUCUUUCUUCCUUGGGACUGACACACUUCCUUUGCUACGGAGCACUGUGGGGCCAAAUAAGACUGUCCCGCUCGCUGCCAUGGGAGUCUGAUGUAGAGAUGUGCCUCCGCAAUGAGGAGCUAGCUAGGAAGGAUGAAGUCUUUCUUCUCAGAGCAUUCCGGAAGCAAGGCCUACAGUUGGCCUACGAUAGUGCGGAAGGGAGGUACACUGUCAAGGAUCCACAGUUUGCUGGUGGAUCUGUGCAACUUAUUGUUUUUGAGGAAGACCACAUGAUAAACAUGCUCCGGAGAGUAGGAUGGAAGCGCAGGGUCCUUCCACCGGACUGCGAGAGCAUGGACUCCCUGCAAUGCUUCCCGCCAAGGCUGAUCACUCCUCCAUUGCCUCAGAAGGAAUUUGGUGGGUACGUCAUGCCUGUACCACGUGAAGGUAUCGAGAUACAGAAGUACCACUAUCCCAGUAACUGGUGGAAGGAAGUGUUGCCUAAGAACUGUUAAAUAUAACCUGGCUAAGAAAGCUUCCUUCAUUAAAAAAGAAAUUGUCAGGUCAGUGCAAUGUGCCACUGACUUAAGAGGGAGAUAAGACAGGAAGAGUGCACAACCAGAAGUCUGAUAGAAAUGCAUUAUCUCAAAGAUGAGGUACUUCUAAAAUUGAGGUUUUUCAGAAGUACUCCCCAUUGUGGAAUGUGAAAGUGUAACUGAGUAUAAAGAAGGAAAAGUGUUUAGAUUCUGUUGUUAUGUUGCCAGUAACUGACAGUUGUUUCAAAAUUAUCAUCAAAUCAGUUAAAAAAAAAAUAGUGUGAAUUAAUCUGUGUAAAGCACAGUGUGUUACAAUAGGAAUGUUACAUUCCUGUAUUACUGCAUUUUGCAUUUAACAUAGUUUGAAUGAGAUAGAGCAGACAUCUUAUACAUACUGAUCGUAUUGUGUUAACUUUAAUAUUUAUGCUUGCCAUUUACUUCAUGCAUAGUUCAUUUCCAUUGAUGAUUGUGGCAUAUUUUUAUAUCAUAAGUAACAGGACUUUCAACUUUCUGAUUGUACACCUUGAACACCUCUUUUUUUGUGAUAAUUAAUUAAAGUUCCACACCUUGUCAGUUUGUUUACUCAUUGUACUGAAUUGAAAAAGGGGCCAUUUUAUGUCAUAUAUCUAUUAUAGAUGCUUUAAUUAGCAAAAUAGAAGUUUAAUAUAAGAGAACGUUGAUAUUGUAAUAAUAGAAGAAGAAAUUGUAAAGUGGGAAACAGUUCAAACUUGAUGCUCAUUGUAAGUUGCAUCAUCAGUGUUGUUUAUCUAUUGCCACACAUC